GUUCGUUUGAUUCAACAGGAGACGCGACGUGACCCAAAAGUCGCCGGUUGUGGGACCACCAUCCAGCACUCAGAGAGGGCUGCGACUUGGGCUUGUGCGCGUCUUACACUCGUGACCCCCAAACCAGUCGUGUCACCUUUAGGGUCCUGAGACUGAGACUAUUAUUUUUGGACAGAAGAUGGUCGUCGGCUUUCUAGGAUCAUGUGCGGCUCUGGCGCUGGUCGCGCGCACGCUCGCCUUGUUGUCCGGAGCCACGCUCGAGCCCUACGACGAGCUCUACGACCGCGGAGUGGAAGCGUUACGACGCGGCGAUUACGGGGACGUGGUGCGGUACAUGGAGAAAGCGCUGGAGAACUUCGCCCGAGUGCGAGACACCAAGAUCCGCUGUAGACUCAAGUGCAGUGAUCAGAACGACCUCGAUGUGAUUUGGACUCCGACUGCGACUGCGACCGUCACCGAUCUCCGAUUGUAUGAUGCGAUUUUGCGGAGAGCAGCAUGUCUCAACGACUGCCUGCAAAGAAAACUCGGACCUCCAUCCAUCCAGAAAGUGAGCUCUGAUGUGACCCAAGACUUCAAUAGGAGGAUCCCAUACCACUACCUUCAGCUCGCGUACCUCAAGCUUAAUCAGCUGGACAAAGCAGCAGCUGCUGCUCAUACAUAUUUCCAGGCAAACCCUGAGCAUAUAGAGAUUGACUUGGAGCAAUACAAUGCAUUGCACGGCGUGGAGGAGAAGCACUUCUUUGACCGAGAAGCCCGUCCACAUCAGAGAGCCUUCACUGCCGCAGUGCAACUGUAUGAAAAACGCAGUUAUGAAGAUUCCGUGGCUUUCUUCGAGGAGGCUCUGACUGAGUACUACAAAGCUGACACGGAGUGUCGAGUACUAUGUGAGGGGCCUCAGAGCUUCAAUGAUCAUGACCAUGUGCUCUACCGCUACACCAUCUCAGAGCUCAUCUCAGAUCAUUACACGCAAGUCCUGAACUGCAAGCACGCCUGCGUGAGAGAUUUGGCAACGCGCCCCGGCCGCCUCUCACCCAUGGAGAACUAUCUGCCUCUGCACUAUGAUUACCUGCAGUUUGCAUAUUUCCAGGUGAACAAUGUAGAACAGGCUUUGUACUGCGCUCUGAGUUAUCUGCUGUUCCAUGAAGGAGAGGAGUUCAUGACUGAAAAUGUUGAGUACUACACAGAAUUGUUGGGACAUGCAGUAAAACCUCGGCAGGAAGCUGUAGACUAUUUGACGAGACACAAGAAAGAAUCGGAGAUUCUUCUCAUUGGCAGCGAGAAUUUAGGUGUGCCCUACAUAGAGGAGAACUACUGGAGCAGCUCGGGUGGAAGAGAUGAUGAAACCCGGAUCCCCUCCGGAACAGACGGAGGGAAGGAGUAUGUGGCCAUAUCUAAGAAAAAGAACAGCUCCAUGGCCGAGAUGCAGCAGCUUCAUGAGGGAGGCUCUUUGUUGUACGACAAUAUCCGUCUGGUGCAGAACUCUCUUGAUCUUAAUGGAACACAGAGGGUUCUCUUCGAUGACGUCAUUUCCGAAGAUGAGUGUUCUGAGCUGAGGCAUCUGGCACAUGUAACGACGAGUGCUGGAGAUGGUUACAGAGGAAAGAUGUCCCCUCACACACCGAAUGAAAAAUUUGAAGGGACAACAGUGCUCAAAACCUUGAAGUACGGUUAUGAAGGCCGUAUUCCUUUAAAAAGUGCCCGUCUCUUCUACGAUGUCAGCGAGAAGGCCAGGAGGAUCAUCGAAUCCUAUUUCAUGCUAAAUUCCACUCUGCACUUUUCAUACACCCAUCUAGUGUGCAGAACAGCUGUCCCAGAUCAACAGGAGCACAGAAAUGACCUCAGCCACCCAAUCCACGCUGAUAACUGUCUUCUAGACCCCGAAGCUAAUGAAUGCUGGAAAGAGCCUCCUGCUUACACAUACAGAGACUAUAGUGCCCUUCUUUACCUCAAUGGGGAUUUCGAAGGUGGUGAUUUCAUAUUUACCCAAAUGGAUGCCAAAACAAUCACGGCUUCAGUAAAGCCGAGAUGUGGGCGGAUGGUGGGCUUUUCCUCAGGCGGUGAGAACCCACAUGGUGUGCGUGCAGUCACAAGAGGGCAGCGUUGUGCUGUGGCGAUCUGGUUCACUCUAGACCCCCUUUAUAGAGAACUAGAAAGGCUUCAAGCUGACGAAGUGAUUCAAGCCCUUGAAAACCAGAACCAGUGGGAUCACAUCAACCGGAAAGAUGAAUUAUAGUCCGAGAUACGACAAGAACAAGUCUGAGAUUUGGCAAAGGCAUAUGAUAUUGAACAUUUAAUAUUGUUAGCUAUUUAUUUGUCUAAAGAAAUCAGAACUAUUUUAUUUUUGUACUGUUUAUUGUUGCAUUGUGUUUCAGUGAUUCAGUUCCUGCUAUUGAGUUCAAGUGGAUACCAGGUUAUAUUUUGGUCAUAUCUUUUAAUAUCACCGUUAACGUGCUGAUGCUGAUCUUGGAUCAUGCAGAGAUACUGUACAAGGUAAUCUAUAGUGUAGAUAAGUUUUUGUGGGAUUGUACAAAUAUUUUAAAGGUUCAAUAAGAAAAUAUUUUAUAUGUAUUAGUAUCAGGAUUUGCCGAUGUGUUCUGUGUUUACUGCACAAAUCUGUUUUCAGGCUGUUAGAACUGUUUAUUGGAGCACUGUAUUUUCUUUUACAGAAGUAUAUCAAAAUAUGUGGUUCGUUCCUGUUUUUAAGGAAUUUUCUUUUUCAAAAACCUGAUCAUGGUCUAAAAUGGUCAUGGUUCAUGCUUGUGGGUUUACCUCCAGUUGGGUGCCAUUUGCACUGUCCUGUAUGUCAUAUGGCAUACAAGUUGAGUUUAGAUUCAUUUAGAUCGUUCAGAUUCAUGUUGAAAAUAAGCAUGGCCACGCACUGACGCAUAUUUAAAUAUACCUUGAACUGACAAGAUAUUUGUAACAUAAUGAAUUUUAAAUUAAAUAUUUGAACACGUUUGUA